AUGAAAGCAUUCAUAUUAGCCAGUUUUCUUGGUAUAGCGUAUGCUUUCUCAAAAAACAUUGAAUUCAUUCAUAAAAGAUCUGCAUCAGAUCCAUCACAAGAUCCAUCAUUAGAUUUAUCAUUAGAUUUAUCAUUGGACUCAAUAGGUGAAGAAAAAAUUAUGUCUUUAAUUCUAGGGAAAAAAGCAAUAGACAAUAAAUGUAAAACAGAACUAGAAAAAUACUGCGGCAGUUUGGAAAAUAGCGGCCUAGUUCCAGAGAAUGUACAUCCAGCAUUAAAAGAAUUUUGUGGAAAUGUAGAGCAGAAAUGCAUUGAUCUCAAAGAUAAAAUUAAUACUACUUCGAAUAAUAUCUGGGAUUCUCUUUAUAAUAUUGUUACAAGUAUUUCAAAUAAAAAUUUUCAUUUAGAAAAAGCUCACUGCAACUAUGCUCAUGUUCAAUGCAUGUUUUUCCAAGAAUUUUCCAGUUUUUCUUCUAUAUGCGAUCAAAUAGCUGAACAAUGUCAUCAUCAAAUAAAUGAAGAUUUGGCUUAUGAAGCUCUUUUAAGGACUCUUCCUAAGAAUGUGGAGAGUCAAGUAGCAUGUGAAGAAAAAAUUAAAGAAUCAUGCUUUAAGUUAAAUAAAGAAAGUUAUUAUUUACUCUGGUCUUGUUUCCAAAAAGAAUAUACAUGUGAGAAUCUCCUUAUAAAAAAAAAUAACUGCAAAUCUCUUAAAAAAGAUAUCGAAAAUACCUUUCAAGAGUUUCCACCUACGCUACAAGAAGAAAUAGGUUUUUAUCGGCUUCAUGAUGAGGCAGCAGCUCAUGGUGUCUUAAUUAUCAAGCCCAUAUCUACAGGAUUCAAUCGUUUUAUUCUGUUAGCAUACCAUAUUAAAAAUACAGCUAGGAACAGAACUAAAAGAUGCAUUAAAUAUCUAGAAAACUGCGCCUUUGGAUAUUUAACAGAAGAGCUAGAGAAUUUAUGCAAUACAACUAACCAUGAUGAAGUAUGUGAGAAAAUAGAUAGAGAGGUACAAGAGGAAUGUGAUUCUUUUAAAUUAGCCCUUCAAAAAAAAGGACUUAUGGGAAAAAACGUUAAAUCCCAAUUCUACACUUUAAAUAAACUAUCAAAAAUAAUUUAUGAGGAAAGUUACACCACUCUUAUUUCGAAGUGCGCUUACAUUCAAUCACAUUGUGGUGUUGAUUUCACAGAUGCAUGUGGGAUUUUAAGAAUAGCAUAUUAUAGAGCUCAAUUUUAUAAAUUAGCAAAAGAAGUAUUGGAAGGAGGGUUGUUUGGAUUGUUUCACAACUUAGAUUCAGAUGGGACUAAAAAAUGUAUAGACAAACUAGUAGAAAAAUGCAAAGUGGUCAGAAACAACAGUAUAAAUCUUCUCUCAAUGUGUUUAAAGCCAAAAGAGACAUGUGAAGCACUUGCAGAGGAUGUAGAAAGAAAGAGUUAUCGUCUGCGGCAUGCUUUAGAUAAAACAAGAGAUUAUCCCCGAGAAAAGGAUUGUCUCGUUCUGGAGAAACAGUGUGAAGACCUGACAAAGGAUUUUGAAGAGCUUAAUGGUCCUUGUGCCACGCUAAAGAGGAAUUGUGCUCAUUUGAGGAACACGAAAGAAGUAAAAGACAGUUUGUUGAGUAAAAAUACAGAUAUUUUGGCAAACAUCGAUAAUUGUACAACAUAUUUGAAUGUGAAGUGUCCUCGGUGGUUUAGGAGAGAAAUAAAUCCAUUCAAUCUUACAUGUGUAGCACACCACAAAUCAUGCGUUAUAAUGAUUGAAGAGGUACAAAAUCAUUGUUUGGCAUUUAAGGAAAAUAUGGAAAGUCAUGAUGUUAUUAAAAAAUCAGAAGACAAUGAAAAAGAUAACAUUUGUUUUCUUUGGGGUGGAUACUGCGAUAUGCUUGUGGAAAACUGUCCUGAUAAACUAAAACAGGGCAAUAAC